AGGUUAAAAGCAGGUGGCCGGGGCGGCGGGGCCUAGCCGAGCUCUCCCUUUCGCUCCGGAUCCAGUGGCCAAUCCUCGGUCCUGUACUCCUGCAGUGUCUCCGCUAUUCGCCCUUGCCUAUAUCUUGCCGCCCACCCAAAAGGUCCAAAGAAAUCUUCUUCCAGCUCGGCGCAUGGAAUGAUGGAAUCAAGAUCGCAUAGCUAUAGUUAGCUAGCUAAUUGUUCUCUUCCUUCUAUUUCCGACCUUGGCCAUUCUGCCUGCAGUGCUACGUUCGUGGCAGAAGAUUUGGUGCACAGUGGACCAAACAUGGACGGGGCGAAGCUGUACACCGACCAACCGCAGCAGCUGGAGAGGAUGCCCGAGUGCUUCUCCGGCGAGGUGAGCAGUCGCGACGACGGCGCGGAGGAAACUAAGGACGCGAGUAACCCACCGGCGGCCGCCACGGGGAGAGACGACGGCGGGUCGAGCAUUGAGACGGGGAAGAAGCGGGCGAGGGGGCGUCCGCCGGGUUCCAAGAACAGGCCCAAGCAGCCGGCGGAGGCCACACCGGUGGUGCCGGAACCGGCGGCGGCCAUGCGGCCGUACAUCCUGGAGAUCCCAGGCGGCGGCGACGUCAGCGCCGCGCUAGCGGGGUUCGCGCGCCGCCGCGGCCUCGGGGUCUGCGUGCUCGCCGGCACGGGCGCGGUCGCCGACGUGUCGCUCCGUCACCCCUCCGCGGAAGGCGGCGCCGCGAUCGUCUUCCGCGGCCGGCACGAGAUCCUCUCCAUAUCGGCCACCUACCUCCCUCCUUCCGUGUCCGCGGCGGCGCCCCGCGCCCUCGGAGGCCUAUCGGUGGCGCUCGCCGGCCCUCACGGACAGAUCCUCGGAGGCGCCGUGGCGGGACCGCUCGUGGCAGCCACCACCGUGAUGGUCGUGGCCGCCACGUUCACCAACCCCAGCUUCCACCGCCUCUCCGCGGACGACGUCGACGCGUCAGCUUCCGUCUCCGGGAGCAGUGACGCUGGCAAGCUCCAACUGGAGCCGCAGGGGCAGCAUCAGGCGAGCCGGUUGCAGCCGCACGGCAUGUCUGCGGCGGCGAUGGCCGCUCAGCCCGUGUCCUUAUAUGGGGCUCAGUCUUACUCUCAUGUGGCACGUGCGCCGGCGGCGAGCAAACCACGUCCACCGCCGCCGUAUGAAUAGCACGCAGCUAUCUGUCAUGCUGCACUCAUCAUCGUGUCUGCUUCUUGUAAAGCUGGCCGACACUUAACCAAGGGAAUAUUUGUGGCGUUGUAAGAUCAAUAAUAAAGCAUCGCUACUCCGGGGUGUGUACAAUGUACUGUAUCUGUAUGGAUAGGCGCGACAGGCUUGGCAUCCCUUCCCUGCCCCUCGGGCGGAUAUCGCUAUGGGAGAGCAAGCAUAUGAUGACACUACAGUAGUACAACCACGACGCACCAUCAUUUAUAUCUUGGGUGCAUGCACCUAGCAAUGUGUGACAGUAGACGAUCGACCGGACGAGUGUUCCUCUCCAACGGGGCGAUCUAUUUUAGACGUUUAAAUUAUCUGCACGCGUCCAUUUUCGUCACCAGGUGAACGUGAAAAUGUUCAUUUUUAUGCACGCGUCCGUUUGUG